AUGUCAAAUAUUACUACUCGUUCAAAAGCUAAAACAGCUGAUAAAAGAUCUUUAGACGACUCUGAAAUUGUUAAAGAAGUUUAUUCUGUUGAUAAAGAUAUACAAAACAACACAAUAAACGAAGAAUUUAAUAGGCCCAAUAAGAUUAGAAACAUAGAAACUCUUGAUAAUACAGAAGCAAUGGAAAUAGAAUUUGAAAAAAAUUCUUCUUCGUCUCAAUCAUCAGUAUCACAUGACUUAAACAAAGGAUCUACAAGUGAACCAAUGGAAACAGACAAAGAAAAUAUUACUCCUUUGAGUGAUCAACACAAUAACUCUAAUCCCAAUAAAGGAAAAGCAACGGAGACAUUACAAAUUGAACAAAUUGACUAA